AUGGACCCCAGUAACGGCAGUAGCUCAUCUGUCAAGAAGCAAGAAGACUCCGACACAAACGAUUCCAAGAGCCAUGCCAAAGCCGAGCCGAAACCGCAGGCCAGAACACUAAAUCGAGUUCCUCGUGCAUGCAAUGCGUGUCGCAAGCAGAAGAUGAGAUGCGAGGGUGCAGAGAACCCUCCUUGUCGUAGAUGCAAGCACGCCGGUCUGGAAUGUCUUUUCGAGAAGCCGACGAGGGAAGCUAGUCUCACAGGAGAAGCUGGCUUAGACCUUGAAUCCCAUGUCGCGGACAUUCGUCAGACACAGACUGCGAUUCAAAAUACCUUGUUGGAGAUUGCUACACAUCUUCGAGGGGCCGGGCCUCUCCAUUCACGUUCGCCAUCUGCAUAUCCCUCAUUUGUGAAUCAGUCUCCAAGCGCACAUUCUCUAGGAUCACCUGGUGUUUCGACACCCUCUGCUGCCAUGAGCCAUCCACAGCUGAUGGUAGACACUGGACACUCCGGGCAAACACCGACGCCAAAUAAUGGGGUCAUGUCGCAAGUACAUGCUUCAAUAACACCUGCCUUGAACUCCAACGUGCAUCGUCAUCAUCGCGACCAGAUUUCUGCUGUCUAUCGCAGUCCCUCUUUGGGUGCAGCGCAUCGUCCCCAGAGUCAACCCGAUCUCCAUGGUACAAGUUUGAUGUAUCCACCUCCGCCUCCCGCUGCCGCUCGGGGCAGCUCGUCCCAGAGCACCAUACUCCCACCGUUCUCAUCUAUCGAAUCUAUGGGUCCUCCGCGAUCGCAGCCUACGAACGUGUCAUCUAUGCGUUACAAUCCUGCGGAUACGUCUCGUCAAACUCUAAAGCCGUCUAACGGCCAUGAGACAGGUUCAAAGCGUGGCGCUCCUCCAUCGUCCAACGUCACCAGUGCGGAUUCAUCGGACGUUGAGGAGGAAGACGGCGAGCUUCCCGCCUCCGGAUUAGUAGCGCCGUGGGAAGUGUUGCGCGGGUUAGCUGACGUCGCUAUCGAACGAGCCGCCAAGGAAAACGGGGGGGAAAUUAGCGAACCUCCUAGCCGUGCGAGAACCAGCUCUCCGGAGCCGCGACCGGCCAAGAGGAGAAAGGUACAACACAAGCAACUUCGCUUCACCACUUUCCCGGAUGUUGUCACCAAAAAUACCAUACCCGAAGCAGAGGCACGAGAAUUGUUCAGGAUAUUUUAUCACGGCUGCUCAACUUUUCUGCCUGUUUUCGAUGCUAAUGUUGAUACAUAUGAUGCUCUUCAUGAACGCUCUCCUUUCGCUGUCGAUUGUAUUUGUAUGAUCGCUGCUCAAGUUAGGGAUGGAGGCGGCAAACCGAGCGAGACAUUUUUGAAAUGCCAGGAAGAAGUCCAAACCAUUUCUUGUGCUACUUUGUUUUCUCCAGUUACGCGGCAGGAAGCUGUGCAAGCUAUGAUUCUUGUAUCUGGUUGGUCUGAUAAUGGUUGGCUGAGUGGAGGCCAUGCAGUUCGGAUGGCUAUGGAGCUAUCUAUGCACAAGGCUUGGCCAGAGCUAUUGAGAAGAAUGAAAGCCAACAAGCAGUCUACGUCCACUAAGGACCGGCAAUUGGUGAUCUCUGCGAGAACAUGGUUUUGCCUUUAUCUAUUUGAACACCAAAUGUCAUAUGGAACCGGACGCCCAUCUAUCUUGAAAGAUGAUGAGAGCAUAUGGCAGUGCCGCCUACUUCUGCAGCAUCCUUUGGCUAUUGAAGAUGACAUGCGUCUUGUCUCGACGGUGGAACUGAUGGCGAUCCGAGAGCGAGUUAACAACAAUCUUUCCCCGCUUUUCGACAAGCCUGUUGACGACAUAACGUUCAAUGUCCUCCGAGAAGCAGAUCUAGAGUUCCGCAAUUGGUACGCCACUUGGGACCACGCAUUUUCUCAGAAGUACGAGGAUGCUGCAUUCUAUCGACAGAGCCUACAGAUCCAGCAUCUUCACGCCGAGCUAUAUCAUAAUGCCACGGCCCUUAGAGGUGUGGAUAGCCCAGAUGACAUGCAAAGGAUGCCGGCUGCCCAGCGCGAGUUGGCUAUCAGGUCCAUUCAGAUCGGACGACAGAUUUUGGAUAUCACCGUAAACUCGCCUGCGUAUCGAGAAGGCAUGAAAUAUGCUGUUCACUAUACUCAUGCAACGGCGACAUUCUCAGCCUCACUAUUGCUUCGACUUGCUCGUCUCUUCCCGGAUCAAUGUGAUAUGGAAGAGAUUAGAAUACUUGUUGAACACCUCGGUGCUUUACUCUCGGAAGUGCCUGGGAAACGCUACGCGUUGACACUGCAGCUCAUGUUGAAACGCUCAAGGAAGCGGUCAGCCUCUAUGUCUCGCUCACCCCGAGACUCUCGACAUCGCUCCCAUAGCAAUGCCGGCUACUCAUCAGACAUGACACCACAAAUAGGUCAACAGACACCCAUCUCACCAACGUUUGAUUCAUCUUUUUCGGCACACCCAGACGCUUCUACUGGCAUACCAAUGGGCUUCUCUCAACAGUUCGCUCAAUAUACCCCGAGCAUCGAUAACAUUUGGCGAGGUUUCGACGCAACCUCCAAUGAGCAACUUCCCGUUUGGCUUUCCGAUCAAACACUUGGCGGUGCAAAUGUCACGCAGCAGGGUAUGGAAAGCUUAUUCCUCCCUCCGCAAUAUUUCCCUGUGCAGGAGAUCUGGUAA